AUGAUUCCUUCCGGAUGGUUUCAACCCCCUGAGCUGACUCCUAUGUUGAGACCUCUCAGUGACGCUGAUUCGAUGCCGAACAACUGGAUGCUCUGGGCAACGAGGCCGCCGCCGCCUCCUUCCACAGCCGGAUCAGUUUUUUUCUCCGAGGCCCCGGUACACCCCGGGGCGCCGCCCCCCUUCGACACUCAACUGCUUCCCGGAGCCCAGGCCCCUCUCGAUACUCAGCCUCAACUUAACGUCCAGCCUUCCUGGAAUUACCAAGCCUCUUCCCCGUGGUACUGGAGAUCUGAUUCUUUUCCUCAGCACCAUAGUUACCACAACCCUGCUCAGCGUUCUUUUUUCCCACGAAAAUAUGAUGCAAAUGGCAGUGAUUUCAACUUUACUUCGAAUAAGACGCAAAACAAAAAGAGAAAAAAGGAGCCAGUUUUUCACUAUUUUUGUGAUACCUGUGAUCGUGGUUUUAAAAAUCAAGAAAAAUAUGAUCAACACAUGUCUGAACAUACAAAAUGCCCUGAAGUAGAUUGCUCUUUUACUGCGCAUGAGAAGAUUGUCCAAUUUCAUUGGAAAAAUAUGCAUGCUCCCGGCAUGAAGAAAAUCAAGUUAGACACUCCAGAGGAGAUUGCACGAUGGAGAGAAGAAAGAAAAAAAAACUACCCAACUCUGGCUAACAUUGAAAGGAAGAAAAAGCUAAAACUUGAGAAGGAGAAGACAGGCGCAGUGUUGACAACAACACAGUAUGGAAAGAUGAAAGGGAUGUCCAGACAUUCACAAAUGGCGGAGAUCAGAAGUACUGGCAAACAUCACAGAUGGAAAAAUAAUAAGGGUGGGCAUGGAGCAGCCAGUGGACCAGAUGGUCCCUCAUGUGAAUCAAAACCUGGCGGCCCGCCUGAGGCAAACGCAGAUCCCCUUGGUGUUUUGGCAGACAAUGAUUCUGAGUCGGACAUGGAAGACAAACCACACAGCACUGUCAUCCCCAAGGAGGUGACCCCCGCCCUGUGCUCCCUGAUGAACAGCUAUGGGAGUCUUUCCGGGUCAGACAGUGAGCCUGAAGAAACUCCCAUCAAGAAAGAAGCAGAAGUUCUGACAGAAAGCCAGGUUCUUCCCAGCAGUGCUCAGGAGAGUCCAAAUCAGCAAGUUAAAGCGGCUGCUCAAAAUUCCCCAGAAGUCAAACCAAACAGCCCCAGGAAAAGCUACAACAAGACAAAUCCCAGGCAGAAGAAAUAUCAGAACUGUCAAGCAUUUAAACCAAGAACACAUCAUCCAAAUCUCUUGGAGAUGCUUUUGGCUCCAGAUAUUAGACACGAAAGAAAUGUGAUUUUGCAGUGUGUUCGGUACAUCAUCAAGAAAGACUUUUUUGGACUUAAUACGACUUCUAUGAAAACUGAAACUGUUUCAGUGUCUGAUGUUUCAGUAUGUAAAACUGAAGCGUGUGAAGUAGCACCAUCUUCAAGUUAA